AUGAAGGUUCAAUCCGUCUCCACUACUUUCGCUCUUGCCUUGUUGACUUCGGUCCAAGCUGCUCCAGCUCAGUUCGGCCCUACUACUGCCGAGACUGCUCUUUCUAAGAGACAGGAGGACCAGCUCAAGGAGCUUACUGCUGCCAUUGACCACUUCCAGGUGAAGAGAGCUGAGAUUGUUGACCCAGUCGAGCUUCAGGCUAGAGAGUACGCUCUUGUCACUCAGAUCUUGGCUGCCAUCAACUCUACCAACCUUGCUCCAAAGAUUAUCCAGGGUUUGGUUACCAACAAGCUUCUCCAGCCACUUGUUACCAAUGCUGUUAUUGCUAUUAUCAGAUCUGGUAUCAUUUCUUUGGAUACUUUGUUCCAGGCUUUGGACAAGUCCGGUUUGGCUACCAGAGUUGUCAAGGACCUUCUUAACGACUGUACCUUCUACGAGGACAUUUUCAAGUUGGCCUUGAAGGAAAUUUCCAACUUGGUUGACAAGAUCCAGGACAAGCUCAGCGGUGGCUCUCCAGAUGUCAAGAGAUUCCUUGAGGAGGAUGAGUACGCUCUUCCACCACAGGUCAAGAGAAGCGACGAGGAGAUUGAGGAAUUGAUGAAGAGAUACGACGAGGAUGGAAUUGUCAACAACUUGUUGGAGUCCUUGGCUAACUCUGGUUUGGCCUCUUCUGUCGUUAGAGUGUUGCUCGUUGACCCUCAAUUCUUGGAGUACGGUGUUGACUUGAUCAAGAAGUUGUGGGACGAAGACCUCAUUGACCUUACCGCCUUCAUCAAGGCUAUUGCCAACUCUGGUUUGGUUACCUCUUUGUUCAAGGAGUUCUUCAACCUCGAAACUUUGAAGACUGUCAUUUUCAAUGCCUUGGCUGCUCUCUUCGGCACUUGUGACGGUUCUACCAUUUCUGGUUCUCCAACUGGUCUUACUACCCAGACUACUUCUACCACCAGUCUUCCUACUUUCACUGCCACUGGUACUAGUGUGCCAACUGGCUGUAAGAAGAGAAGAAGAAGAAGAUCUUACAACUACUAA